AUUCUGUUUUUCCAUUUUAAAGGUUACAGCUGUUUAUAUGAAUAACUCUCGCGAUAACUUGUAAUGGCGCAGUGGUGACGAAAGAGUUGCCAUAGUUACAUAGCAUACCAUUACUUUCUUGCCUAUUUAUUUAUUUAUUCAUUUAUUUAUUUACAGGUUUUCUUUUCCCAAUGCAUUUAAUAACAGUUAUGUAGCAACUUAUAUAAGCUAUUUGAGUUACUUUCAUUACGUUUUGCGUUGUGAAAGUUAAAGUAUCUGUUAGGAGUUACGUGGUUUGGGGGAGGGGCUUCCACCGCGGGAAAUUUCAUUCAAAAGUAGUUAGGACCGCCAAAAACGGGAUCGCAGAAGCCAGGACGAGUUUUUAAUCUUGCAGUAGUCGGUUGUAGUUCUGUCGCUCUCUGGUUAGCAAAUAGUUUGUCUUUAGUCCGUAUAAAUUAUUUAGUGCACUAUCGGUUUUUAACAGUGAAACAUUUGCCAAUAUGCCCGUCCUAGAAGUCACAGAUGCAUCUGCAAUCUCUCCAUCAAAGAGAGCAAGGACAGAGACAAAGACUGCAGAAGAUAGACCGGUCCUCAAGUUUGCAAAACUGUCUGAGCAUGCCACUACACCUACCAGAGGCUCAACUAAAGCAGCGGGAUAUGAUCUCUACAGUGCAUAUGAUUACACCAUUGGUCCUAUGGAUAAGACGAUUGUGAAGACAGACAUCCAGAUAGCAGUUCCACAUGGCUGCUAUGGGAGAGUCGCACCGAGGUCUGGCCUGGCAGCGAAAUACUUUAUUGAUGUUGGUGCUGGGGUUGUAGAUGAAGACUAUAGAGGAAAUGUGGGAGUUGUGCUCUUCAACUUCAGCAAGGACACAUUUGAUGUGAAAAAGGGUGACCGAGUUGCUCAGCUGGUGUGUGAGAGGAUCUGCUACCCAGAUCUGGUGGAGCAAAAGACGCUUGAUGAGACGGAGCGUGGCGACGGAGGUUUUGGAUCAACUGGACGCAACUGAAAGCUUCAAAUGUAACUGCAAAUGUACAUGUUUUUAAAUAUGGAUUAGAUGGUGUUAAUAAAGUUCUUUUUUUC